AUGGACAACAACUCUUUCGUUGACCUAACUGCGUCAUCCCCAGUCUCGGCACCAGCCGGAGGCGCGAGACCUAUGUCACCAAUAUACGGUGCAUGGGGUAGCCGUCUUCGUUCUCGUUCUCCGCCCAGCUUAAGCCAACACAAUAGAGAGGAGACUAAGCGUCGGAGGUUAGAUAACAGUAACGCCACAGCUAGCUCUUCUUCUCGGGCACAACAAAGGGCAACGAAUGGAAUCCCAGGCGAAAUCGAAUCCGUGGAUUUGACUGGCGUCAACGACUCAUGUUCCCUUGCCAAAUUCCUCGCCAAACAACGUGAAGAUGCCGUCCUAGCCCAGAAAAAGGUUACGAACGACAAGGAGGCACGAUCCGCGUUGACAGGGUACAAGUGCCCUGUUUGCAUGGAUGUUCCGGAGAACGCUACAACUACCAUAUGCGGUAUGUAUAUGGAUCUCUACCCAAUAGUUCACACUCUUAAGUACAAUGAAGCCCGUCGUGCGCUUGAAGGUAACAGCGGAAUCUGGUUCCUCUACAGCUCAAAUUAA